AUGGCGGUCGGACCGACCCUUGGGACUGGCCUCUUUAUCGGAGGUGGCCAGGCGCUGGCCGCUGGGGGUCCUGCUUCCUUGCUCUUCUCCUAUUUGUUCUUGUCUGUUCUGGUAUACUGUCUCACAACCGCCUUGUCGGAGAUUGCAGCUCAUAUGCCGGCUCAAGAUGGCACGAUGGUCUCCCACACCUACCGAUACGCUUCAAAACCCUUGGCCUUCUCCCUGGGUUACCUUCGCUGGUAUUCACUGUCGAUGCUCAUCCCGUUUGAAAUCACGAACGCUAUUGUCAGUCUUGGAAUGGUAAAUCCCUCGCCUGCGGUUGCGCUUCGUGUCAGCAUUCCUGCUUUAAUCAUAUUUGGCUUCAACUUGCUUCCAGAAAGAUCAUUCAAAAGGUCGGAAGCUGUUUUUACCUACUUGAAACUGAUCACGACCACGGGCCUCGUCUUUCUCUCCCUUGUCUUUGCCAUUCCAGGUGUUCCUCGCUCUCCUGUUCAAGGAUUCCAUUACUGGAACGAGCCGGGCCCCAUGAACGAAUUCAUAUACGAUGGCCACCUGGGCCGGUUACUGGGUCUGCUCCAGUGCCUCCUGUAUAGCACGAUUGCCUUCGUCUUUACGCCGGAGCUCAUCGUGCAGAGAAUUGAACAACUUGACUCGAAAGAGCAAGCAAACAUUCUGAGUGUAUCCCGAAUCGACAUGAUACAUCUCUUCGUGCUCUAUAUACUCAACGCAGUGGCCAUGGGCGUGAUGAGUCCCUUUAACGAUCCGUCACUUACAAACCACGGGGUUGGCGCUGGGACCUCGCCUUAUCUGUUGGCGAUCAAGAGGAGCGGGAUUCCCGUUCUGCCAGUGGUCGUGACCGCGUUGAUCUUCCUCUCGUCUGUCGCAUCUGGCCGUUCUUUUCUUUUCACCUCUUCACGCACGCUGCAUUCAUUGGCUGAAGCUGGGCAUGCUCCUGAGCUUUUCAGGCGGCGCAACCGAUGGGAUGUGCCGUAUGUAGCCGUCAUAACGUCGGCACUCUUCUCCAGUUUCGCAUUUUUCUCCGCGAUGACAUCCAGCUCGAUUGUCUUUAAUUCGCUGAUGUAUUUUAUCACCACGUGCGGAUGCAUCUCCUGGGUGGGCACGUGCGUCGUCUACCUUUACUUUCGCAGGCAGACAGAAGCCCUAGGCUUUACCUCUGUACACCGGGCCAGGAUACAGCCCUAUGGGGCGUACUUUGGCAUUGUCACAUGUACACUGCUACCUAUUGCUAACACCUUCAUUAUAGCGACUCCGUCGCAGCUGGCGGCGAGCAAGUUGCUUCCAGCGUACUUUGGAAUAUCCUCAUUUUUCCUACUCUACAUUGGCCAUGUGGGGUAUGCUGUUAUUCGGAGACGGGCUAGGAUGAAGGAAACCAGUAUCGAGGAGCCUGGAGAUUGGUCUAUAGAGCUACCUUCUACUGCGUCCAACGACAGGACAGAAGGAGCAGAUUCGUCCUUACAUAACACGGCCCUUUGA